GAAGGUUAAUCACUAGUCACUCGUCAAAGGUCGCCUGGGUCGUCUGAUUUGCGCUGGUCGCAAUUCUUCAAAAAAAUCAAAGGCUUUCCAUUAAAUUCGCGAAGUAAAACACUAAAGAGUGCCCCAAUAUGUUCUCCCGCACGCUCAAACCCGUAGCCGCCUUGGUGGUAGAAAAUGGAGCCAAAAACUUUUCCACCUCGUCACAGAAAAACUUUAAAGUUGUGGUGGCGGGCGCGGCAGGUGGAAUUGGUCAGCCUUUGGCGCUGCUGCUGAAGCAGAACCCGCUGGUGUCGCGGCUGGCGCUGUACGACAUCGCGCCGGUGACCCCGGGCGUCGCUGUGGACCUCUCGCACAUGGACACCCCCGCCAAGGUCACCGGACACAAGGGACCCGAGGAGCUCUCCGCUGCCAUCAAGGAUGCCGACGUAGUUGUCAUCCCCGCAGGCGUGCCCCGCAAGCCAGGCAUGACCCGUGAUGACCUGUUCAACACCAACGCCUCCAUUGUCCGAGACCUCGCCGUGUCAGUUGCCCAGAAUGCCCCUAAAGCUAUAGUGGCCAUCAUCACUAACCCCGUAAACUCCAUGGUGCCUAUUGCAUCUGAAGUCCUCAAAAAGGCUGGAGUAUACGACCCCGCGAGAGUGUUGGGUGUCACCACCUUGGACGUAGUCCGUGCAGCGGCAUUCAUCGGAGAGAUAAACGGUGUGGACCCCCGCAGCGUCACCAUCCCCGUCAUCGGAGGCCACUCCGGAGUCACCAUCAUCCCCCUGCUCAGCCAGAGCCAGCCCGCUGUGCAGCUCAAAGACCAGGCCAAAAUCAAGGCCCUCACCGAGAGGAUCCAGGAGGCCGGUACUGAGGUAGUGAAGGCUAAGGCUGGCGGUGGUUCGGCGACGCUGUCGAUGGCGUACGCCGGCGCCCGACUCACCGGAUCAGUCCUCAGGGGACUUAAGGGUGAGGCGAACGUGGUGGAGUGCGCUUACGUGAAGUCCGACCUGACGGAGGCCGCUUACUUCGCAAACCCCGUGCUGCUCGGCAAGAACGGAGUGCAGAAGAACCUCGGCUACGGCAAACUCAACGAGUUCGAGCAGCAGCUGCUGAAGGCCGCUAUCCCCGAGCUGCUCAAGAACAUCAAGACCGGAGAGGAGUUCGCCAAGAAGUAAACGAUACAGAGUGUUGGCCAGCGCUUGUAAAUAUUUAUAAAUAUAUGUAUAUGAGAUUGGUUCCACCCUAGUCUAGAGCGAAGCUCUAUAAGAAAAAUAUAAUAUAUUUUUAUAGUGAUCCCUUUUAAAUUGAACCCCCUUUUGUAAGUUAUUUAUUUGCACUGCCAUACUUUUUGUUGUCAAGUGCUGGUCGUUAGUGAAUAGCGAAUGUAGUGAUAUUGAAUGAAUGGCUCGCGUCAUUCUACAGUGUAUGAAUGUUUUUGCAUUUUAUCAAACAUCAGCGAUGCUACUGAACUUAUUGUGUCAAGUAAAAGUUAUUAUUACGA